CGGCUCCCUCGUCAAGCACCUCCACACGCUACACUGUUUGGGAGUACUGCUAAAUACUACGAAAGAUGCUGCAGCUUACAUUGGAGAUAAACAUUCUCUUUACUUAAACCUUGUCAAUGAUCUCCGGUUACCAAGUGAUGAAAUUCGUGGAGAGAUACUCUUUGUACUAUACAAACUCUCACUGUUAAACACCACCCCAUGGGAUGAUAUAUGUGAUAAUAACAAUGUGGAUCUUUCAGCGAUUGGAAGAAACUUACUUCAAUUCUCACUUGAAGUCCUACUCAAAACCCAAAAUGAUGCUGUUCGCCUCAACUGUGUUGCAUUGCUCCUUACUUUAGCAAAGAAGGGGGCCUUUGACAUUUUACUGCUCACUGAUCAGAGCUUAAUAAAUUCUGCUGAAGCAGAAGAUUAUGUGCCACUAAAUGCCUCUCUUGUAAUUCUGUUUGCUGAUGCUGCCAAAGGAUCUCUGCUGUCUACUAAUAUAGAAGUGCAAACAGGGACGUUGGAAUUGAUUUUCUAUUUCCUGUCAUCCGACGCAAAUACAUUUGUUAUUAAAACAUUGAUAGAUGAGAAUGUUGCUGAUUAUGUAUUUGAGGUUCUCAGGUUAUCAGGAAAUAAUGAUCCACUGGUCAUUGCCUCUACUCAAGUACUAUCACUUUUAUCCAAUUCAGAGGAGAGAUUCAAGGAAAAGCUUGCCAUUGCAUUUUCUACUUUACUUCCUGUUCUUCACUUUGUUUCAGAGAUACCAUUUCACCCAGUCCAAUCUCAAGUUUUACGACUUGUUUAUAUUUCAAUAGUUAACUGUUCUGGCAUUUUGUCGCUGUCCCAAGAAGAACAGAUAGUGUGUGCUUUGUCUGCAAUUUUGAGAAGAAAUGGAAACGGUGAACUUGGCAUGAGUUCUGAAACCUUUGCUCUAGUUUGCUCAAUGCUUGUAGAGAUUCUGAAGUUACCAUCUGCUGAUGACGUUGAAAAAUUACCAUCAUUCAUUGAAGAAGCAUCAAAACAUGCAAUUUCCUCGACAUUCUCUCAUGAGUAUGAUUGCCAGUUCCUAAUACCACAUUCCCUUCUUCUUCUAAAAGAAGCACUUAUAUUCUGCCUUGAAGGGAAUAAAGAUCAGAUUCUUCACAAGAAGGUUCUUGAGGAUAGCAUCGUUGAAACCUGCAAAACAUAUUUAUUUCCUUGGCUUGAAAGUGCUAUUGUCGAUGGUAAUGAUGAAGAAACAUUGUCUGGCAUCCUUCAGAUUUUCCAAAUUAUUUUAUCAAGGGCAUCUGACAACAAAUCAUUUAAGUUUGCUGAGAUGCUUGCAUCAUCAUCAUGGUUUAGCUUAUCAUUUGGAUUCAUGGGCUUAUUUCCUACUGAUCAUGUAAAAUCAGUGGUAUACUUGGUCAUCAGUUCAAUUGUUGAUGAAGUUCUGGGCUUCAAUUAUGGGGAAACAAUUAGAGAUGCAUGCAUUUAUCUCCCACCAGACCCUGCAGAGCUGAUGUAUUUACUCGGGCAAUGCAGCUCAGAAGACUUUAACUUGGCAUCAUGCCAAUGUGCUAUUCUUGUUAUAUUAUAUGUUUGUUCAUUCUACAACGAAAGGCUAGCUGCUGACAAUCAAAUCCUGGCUUCGGUCGAGCAAUACAUCCUUCUCAAUGGUGGGAAGUUCCCGCAUGAAAUCCCAGGUUCUCUGAUGCUUACCCUUCUGGUCCAUCUUUAUGCCUUCGUCAGAGGUAUUUCAUUUAGAUUUAGCAUUCCACAUAGUCCAGAAGCUGAGAAAACACUGUUCCAUGCAAUGACACUUAAGGAGUGGGACUUGCUUUCGAGCCGAGUCCAUCCGAUAGGGCUAAAAUGGCUCUUCCAGAACGAAGAACUUAUGGAACCACUCUCCUUUCAAUUGCUGAAUUUCUGUAAAACUGUCACGCUUUCAAGUAGUGGUCAGUUGGUGGACAUACAAAUGAUUGCGGAACUGGUAUAUUCUGGGGAAACCUGCAUCUCUUCUUUGCUGGUAUCCUUACUGAGUCAGAUGAUAAAGGAGGAUGCAGAAGAUGAGGUCCUCUCAGUGGCUAAUGUUAUUACUGAAAUUCUAGUGAUCUUUCCUUGUACUUCUGAUCAGUUUGUGUCAUGCGGUAUUGUUGAUGCACUUGGUAGUGUAUAUGUCUCCCUGUACUCAUCGAGGAUCAGAGCAGUUUGUUCCUUGUUGGUAUUUAACAUUUUACAUUCAGCAAGUGCAAUGACAUUCACCUAUGAUGAUAAUGUAUGGAUUGGUCUUACCAUGAAGCUAUUGGAUUCUUUCAAUUGUAGUCUUGAUUGUACAUCAAAUGACCAAGAACGGAAGAUAUUAAUUGGAAUAUUAUGUCUUAUUUUAAAUCAUUCGGCAAACAAGGUGCUUAUUGAGCCUGCAAAAGCCAUAGUCUUGAAUAAUUGUUUGGUUUUGCUAAUGGAUGGGAUAGUUCAAGAAGCUUGUGCAAAGGGCCCAUCUUUAUUUCAACACAAUCAGGAGACAGCCUUUGGGGAAUUAUUGGUUCUUAUUCUUUUACUGAUACUUUUCUCGCUACGAAGCUUGCAUGUGAUACUAGAGGCAAGCAUUGACUGGCAGGACUUCCUGCAAUAUUCAGACGACACUCAGUCUUGCUCUUUUGUUGGCAUUCCGUGCCAUGAUUUGUGUCGUCUCAUGCACUUUGGCCCUUCUCCUAUUAAACUUCUUGCUUCACAGUGCCUACUGGAAUUGUUGAAUAGAAUUUCAUUUCAGAGGAGUUGUCUUAAUGCAGAGUUAAGAUGCUCUGCAAAGUAUCUGAAGUCCAUUAUUGCAGUGACAGAGGGAAUGGUCUUCAGUCAAGAUAGUAGAGUUGCUGAAAAUUGUGGUGCCUGCCUCUCGGUGAUUUUAGGUUGGGAGAGAUAUGGAAACAAAGAGAAGGUGGUGAUCAGAGAAUCUAAAUGGUCUAGGCUAAUACUGGAGGAAUUGGCAGUUGCCUUGACUGCUCCUGGUUUGACAUCCAAAUCCUUCACAAACCAGCAGAAGAUUGCAGCAAAUAUAGCUGUUUCAUUGCUCCAGCUGAGCCAAGUACCGGAGUGGCUGACGUCACUGUUCAAUGGUUCUUUGGUGUCUGGUAUAGUUGCUAACCUUUCUGCUAGGAAUGUUACGGCAGAAAUUGUCAAUCUCUUCAGUGAACUUAUGACAAAAAACUAUCUCAAUCAAGAAGACAUUGCUGGUCUACACGACUUAUUCCAGGUCUGCAGGAGACAGGCCUACGAGGGAGGCGGAUCGAAUGCGCAGCUGCCGUCACCGGAGAAGAAGGCUGAGACGGCGGUGGCGAGAAGCGCCGACGAAGUGUGCGGUUUGCUCUUCGGCAUGAUGCUGGACCAGCGCACAGGCUCGUGCAACGCCGGUGAGACGGAGCAGCAGAGGCUUCUCCGCGAGAUCGACUCUUUCUUCUUCCAGGAGUCGAGCCUGCGAGGACAGCGUGAAGCAGCUCAAGUCUCGAGGGCUUGAGGCCAGCCGGCAAACCAUACCAGGCAAACUCGUACAAUUCCCCCCCAACCCAAUAUGUAGAUGCUGUACAGAACUAGGGAGUAGGGAUAUUAAUCUUGUUGAUAUCGUUCAAAAGGCACCAAAAAAAAAAAUCAAAAUUUCCAUCAUACCAACAAAAAUGUUGAAACUGCAUAUCAAAGUUGUUGGUAUACCAAAUGCAAUCCAUUAAAAAAUGGAAUAUAAUGAUUGAUGUUCAAAGGUAAUAUAAUUGAUUAUUGAAAAAUAGUUGGAA